AUGCGAAGAUAUCAUCCUGUCAUCAUAGUGGCGGCCCUUACAGGUACUUUCGGCAGAGUUCGUGUGGUGAAGAUAAAGGGGUCUAAGGAUCGGACGCCUUUUGCACUAAAGAUUUUGAAGAAGUCAGAAAUUGUACGAUUGAGACAGGUUGAACAUGUUCGGGCUGAGAGGGCAAUAUUGGAGAAUCUCAGUCAUCCCUUCAUCGUCAAUCUUUUUGCAACAUUUCGUGACGACAAGAGAUUGUUCAUGUUGAUGGAGUACGUGAAUGGUGGCGAGCUGUUUUCGCACCUUCGGAAGGAAGGACGUUUGCCCAAUGAGGAUGCGAGGUUUUAUGCAGCUGAGAUCGUAUUGGCUUUCCAAUACAUGCACAGUUUGAACGUGGUGUAUCGCGACUUGAAGCCUGAGAAUCUUCUAAUUGAUUUUGAAGGACAUAUUAAGAUUACCGAUUUUGGUUUUGCGAAGGUCGUGACGGAUCGUACGUGGACAUUAUGCGGAACCCCGGAGUAUUUGGCACCAGAGAUAAUUCAGUCUAAAGGUCAUGGACAGGCUGUAGAUUGGUGGGCAUUGGGUAUCCUUAUUUUUGAGAUGAUCGCUGGUUACCCUCCUUUUUAUGAUGAGAAUCCAUUUGGAAUAUACCAAAAGGUUUUAGUCGGUCGAAUAGAUUUCCCUAAACAUUUUGAUAGCAAGGCUAAGGACCUAGUUAAGCGUUUGUUGGUACGUGAUAGAGUCAAACGAUAUGGAUCCCUACGCGAUGGUGUAGAAGAUAUCAAACAGCACAAAUGGUUCAAGAGUAUCGAUUGGGAAGCGGCCAUCAAUAGAGAAAUACCAGCACCGUUUAUACCCCAAGUACGAGGCCCUGAUGAUACGUCGAUGUUCGACAGGUAUCCUGAAUCGAUUGAGAAUUCAUCCCCUAGUAUCAACGAUGCUGAGUACGAUGAUGCGUUUAAAGAUUUCUGA